AUGCCCGGUACCGACGACCCAAGCAGCGCGGCAGCAGGUCUUGACCUCGCCUCUGACCAGACAAAGACCACGAUCGUCACGCCGCCGCAGCCCGAGUCCCGCAAGGCUCCUCCCCCUGAGAAGCCAUCCGACGUGCGCCGCCGUUCCUUCGUCAUCCUUGCCUUCUGGGCCGUUGCCUGUCGUCCUGUCUUCCCUCUCCGCAUCUCAGUGCAGGCCAACAAGCUUCAGGAGCAAGAGGCGCAGAACCUUCUACGUCUCACCCAGCACGCACUCGACGACCUCAACGACUUCUCAGGACACCACUUGCGUCUCCAGCUUGCGCCCCAAGAUGAUCCUAUCCCCGUUACGGAAGAUGAUUCGCAGGUCGCCCUGACAAUUCGGCUCAGUCCCGGAGAGUCUACGACAGCGUCUCUGAACCCGCAUUCCCCGGUCCUUGACAUCACCUACCCGCCGAACUCGAUUCCCUCGCCAACGUCGUCGUCAUCCGCGCUGGCUUCGUACAUUGCCAACGAGUUGCGUUCCACCUACGCUGAGGAGCAAGCCAUCAUAUCAUACCUUCUGUCAGCUGCAUCAGGGGCUACCGAUGCGAGACCUCAAGGCAUGUCGCCCGAGGCCGCCGAGACCUUGGCCAAGCGGACCACUCGCUCUUUGCGGUACUCGCCGACGUACCACUUGAGCUUCUCGCUCUUCACCAGUGGCUCUGCGCCCAACACUUGGGACGUCGACGCAGCCAUCCAGGCGUACAUGAAGCCCAUGCUUGACGUACUGAGCCCCAUCCACAACUUCACGAUUGACACUCAGGUGCAGUUAUACGCUACACCCGGUGCGCAGGCUCAAGUCCUGAGCAAGGACGACCUUGCGUCAUUCAUCAACGCGGCUGAAUGGCCUCUCUCUCCGUCUAUUGGCGGCGCCCCGACGGUGAACUUUCUUCUCUUUGUCGGAAACCAAACGAUUGGAUUAGAUUCGGGAUCAGAGACAUCCCAGUCUUGGCUGAUCCCGCAGUGGGGAACGGUGUAUCUUCUCUCGCUGCCGCCGACGACAUCGCACGUACCGUCUGCUACGCUCAAGCAGCCGAUGCUUACUUUUGCUGGCCAUCUGUUGUCCCUUCUCGGAACUCCCCAGUCUGGAUCUCUUCCCUUGCGACUGUCGACUCUUACCCGAAUUCGCUCAGCAGACCUCUUGCUACGGGCAUCGUCUACUCUGGGCUCUCUGGCGAGACUAUCACUGGCGUUGCCAUCCAUCUCCAUCCCCCGCAACGUUGCGGAUGGUGUUGCUAAAACUAUGCAUCACCUGGAGCUUGCAUGUGCAAGCUUGGGCGGACCGGAGGGGCUGGAACAUGCUAGGAUUGCCGAGGCGGAGGCGGAGCGAGCUUUCUUCGAGAAGAGCAUGGUUGGUCAGCUAUACUUCCCUGAUGAGCACAAGAUCGCAGUGUAUCUACCGCUUCUUGGGCCGGUGGGUGUGCCGCUGGUCAUGGGCCUCUUGAACGAGAUCAAGGCCUGGAGGAAACGAAGACGUGAAAGAGCCGAGGCCGAGGCGAAGAAAAAGCUUUAG